AUGGCAGUCGCAAUGCUGAGCAUCGACGUCGGGUCCUCUCAAACCCGCCUGGCUCUGAUGGACAAGGCGCGCUCGUGGCCUCGCCAUCUUGAGCCUCUGGGAGAAAAGAGCAUCCUGUCAGUGCUCUAUCACGAGCCUCCUGCCAAUCGCUAUGGACGUGCCGCGCUCACUCGACCUGCGAGGAACUGCGGGAGGGUCCUCAGGGACUUUCCCCGUAUCCUUUUGGCGGACAGCAUGGGGAAGACGAGCCAAGACAAGUACAGCAGCUACACACUCAAGGUUGAAGGCAGUCGCAGCAGCUACCUCGUAGGGCAGGACGAGGUCUCCAUGGAAGAAGUUCUGCAGGAGUUCUUGACCGCUGUGUUGGCCGAAGUUCCUUCGCUCACCGACGAGGAGCUGAAAGGAAUCAUCCUGCCUGUCCCCGACGCUCUCACAACAGAAGCAAGGGAGACGUGUGCACGAGCCGCACAGAAGGCUAUCGAUGCAUGCGGCUUCACGAGGAGAAGCGAACUCAACGAAGUCGCUGUCACCUUGGUGCCUUGCUCCUUGGGCCCUGCCAUACUUUUUGCAGCGCAGCAAGAGGAGAAGGAGAAUGUAGCUCCCUUCAUCAUCUUGGAUCUUGGAGGUGGCAAACUCACGUGCGCUGCGUACGAAGUUGUUGCUGGAAAGAUCAGAUUGCUUGCAACGAAGACUUGCCCAAGUCUGGGAGGAGUUGACAUCGAGAACAAAAGCCAACUGAAUUUUCCCUUCAUGGAUAGUGCUACUGCCAAGUUCAAAAUAAGAAAGGCUGUCGGGCCGGCGGUUCGCGAUCUCACAGUUGCAGACAUGGUAGAGAUUGAGUCCGAAAACAUUAUGGGAAAGGAUGUCUCAAUUGAGCUUUCAAAGUGUCAGUUCAUGGAGAUAACUAGUGAUGUUGCUGAGCAGGUUGUUCUUCAUGUGAAGGACCUGAUUGGACAAAUUGAGAAUUUUCCUGACGAGGGGGGGAGGAUCAUCCUGCUGGGUGGUAGCUCGAGAGUUCCGCUGAUAGAAUCUAGUGUUGAGAGACUUUGGGCCUCAGCCAGCGAUGAGGACGUAGACAAUUUGGAGGGGCGGCAUGAGAGUGCAGUCGGGAAAGAUCAGAGAAAGCCUGGACGAAUCCUCUCGUCUGCACUCCAGCACAUCUUGAAGGAGACUGAACUAAAUGAGUCUCAAAGCAGCGAAUCAUUAGAACGUGCCGUCCAUGAUGGACCUCUGGGUGAGAAGGGCGGCUCAUCAAGCAUGACGAGGUUCUUCUCCGGUUUGCGCAAGAGCAGCUGCACGUGGAUCUCGGAGAUCGAGAGCUUCAAGUACGUGACUUCUCCUAAGAUGGCACCCUUGCGACGUGACGUCAACCAGGUGCUCGAGAACAAGCUGCUGGACCCUUUCUUCAAGGAAUCGCUUCUGCGAUGGGAAGGAGACGACCCUCGAGGAGCUGACAGAAGUUGUUCUUAA